AUGUCCUCGCCACCCACCAAUCCCUCGCGCCAGGGCCCCUCCAGUACCCCCAGACCCUCGGAGUCUCAGUCCCAGUCCCAAUCGCACACUCCUGGUGUGCCUUCGUCGCCCCUCUUCUUUGGCACCUCCUCUAACCCACCCUCCGAAUCCGGUUCCCACAGCAUCUCCAGACAAGUGUCGUCGCCGUUGCACUACACCUCGUCCGUGCAUCACCCCUCCGACGUGGCAUCGUCGCGUUUGACCAGCGACGUUGACCGCAUUGUCAGAAGACCCCAACGGAGUGACCUUCACGAUGCCACCUCGUCGCCCAUGCGCAGACGUAUCUUCACAGAAGCACACCCCCGAUCCGACACCAGUGCCCUCCACUCGUCGUCGUCGGCGGUGCAUACGCCUGCAGACGACGAGCCUGUCCGCGUCAUUUGGGGAACCAACGUGUCGAUCCAGGACUGUGCCAACUCGUUCCGCGACUUUCUUAUGUCGUUCAAGUACAAAUACCGCAAGCAGUUGGAUGGACGUGACAUCGACCCAGAAGACAACGCGCUCUACUACGUGGAGCGGCUCGCCACUCUCCGUGCAUUGGGGGUGACCAACCUCAACCUCGACGCCCGCAACCUCUUGGCGUACCCUCCCACCAAGAAGCUCUUUCACCAGCUCAUCAACUACCCACAAGAAGUGAUUCCCAUCAUGGAUCAGACCGUCAAAGACUGCAUGAUCCAGACCGCUGCCGACGCUGCAGACACCGCUGCGCUCGACCGUAUCGAGACUGCAGUUUACACCAUCCGUCCCUACAACGUCAAUUUGGUGGCAAAGGGCAUGCGCGAGUUGAACCCCAACGACAUCGACAAGUUGGUCAGUGUCAAGGGCUUGACAUUGCGGUCGACCUCCAUCAUCCCCGACAUGAAAGUGGCGUUCUUCAAGUGCAAUGCGUGCGGCCACACCGUGGCCGUGGAAAUCGAUCGUGGGGUCAUCUCCGAGCCCACUAAGUGUCCGCGUGAAGUAUGCGGACAGACAAACUCAAUGAUGUUGAUCCACAACCGGCUGUCGUUUGCAGACAAGCAGGUGAUCAAGUUGCAGGAAACACCCGAUUUGGUUCCCGACGGACAGACUCCGCACUCCAUCAACUUAUGCGUGUACGACGAACUCGUGGACUCGUGUCGGUCAGGAGACCGGAUCGAGGUGUGUGGUAUCUUCCGCUCGUUGCCCGUGCGUGUUAACUCGUCCCAGAGGGCCCUCAAGAACCUCCACAAAACCUAUCUCGAUGUGGUCCACAUCAAGAAAAUCGACAAAAAGCGCAUGGCUGCAGACACUUCCACCUUGGAGCACGAAAUCGCCGAAAACGACCACGAAGUCGAACAGGUGCGUCAUCUUCUGGCCGAGGACAUUGUCCGCAUCAAGGAGGUGGCCCAGCGCGACGACUUGUACGAGCUUUUGGCGCGGUCUUUAGCGCCCUCCAUCUACGAGAUGGAUGACGUCAAAAAGGGUAUUCUUUUGCAGCUUUUUGGCGGCACCAACAAGACGUUCCAGAAGGGCGGACGCUACAGAGGUGACAUCAACGUGCUCUUGUGUGGUGACCCUUCCACCUCCAAGUCCCAGAUCUUGCAGUACGUGCACAAGAUUGCCCCUCGUGGUGUCUACACCUCCGGAAAGGGCUCGUCGGCUGUAGGUUUGACAGCCUACAUCACGCGCGACAUCGACACAAAGCAGUUGGUGUUGGAGAGUGGAGCGUUAGUUUUGUCUGACGGUGGUGUCUGCUGCAUCGACGAGUUCGACAAAAUGAGCGAUUCCACGCGGUCCGUGUUGCAUGAGGUAAUGGAACAGCAGACAAUUUCCAUUGCCAAAGCGGGCAUCAUCACCACCUUGAACGCCAGAACCUCCAUUUUGGCAUCUGCCAACCCCAUCCACUCGCGCUACGACCCCAACUUGCCUGUCACCCAGAACAUCGACUUACCCCCACCUCUCUUGUCGAGAUUCGACUUGGUGUACUUGAUUCUUGACCGCGUCGACGAGAAAAUCGACCGCCAGUUGGCCAGACACUUGACAGAAAUGUACUUGGAAGACACUCCCGAAACAGUGUCGGCCAAGCAGACAUUGCCAGUAGAGUUUUUGAGUGCAUACGUCCAGUACGCCAAAGAAAACUACAACCCUACCUUGUGUGAAGAGUCCAAGAACGAGUUGGUCAAGGCAUACGUAGAGAUGAGAAAGUUGGGUGAAGACUCGCGUUCUUCCGAGAAAAGAAUCACUGCCACCACCAGACAGUUGGAGUCCAUGAUCAGAUUGGCAGAAGCCCAUGCCAAAAUGAGAUUGUCCGACACGGUCGAGUUGAUCGACGUCAAGGAAGCAGUCAGAUUGAUCAAGUCAGCCAUCAAAGACUAUGCAAUUGAUCCAAAAUCCGGUAAAAUCGACAUGGAUAUGGUCCAAACAGGAACGACUUCGGCUCAGAGAAGAGUCCAGGAAGACUUGAGCAACGAGCUUAUGAAGAUCAUCGAGGAGGGACACAACAUGAUCCGUUUCACCGACUUGGCAAUGAAGAUCAACGAAAGAGUGUCGUUUAGGGUCGAGAACUACGAAAUCAAUGCGGCUAUCAAGAAAUUGGUGGGCGAAGGAAAGGUUAUCGAGCAAGGCGACAGCCACAGAAAGACCAUCAGGAAGAUUUCGUUAGUGUGA